UUACAACCCUCGUGGUUUUUCCAAUAUGGCGGAUAUCGAUUUUUUUCAAGACAACCAGGACGAUUCACAAGAGGAUGGUGGUGAGGGGGAAGAAGAUGGGGCUAAUGAUGAUGAUGCCAUACUGGCUGAUUACGAGGACCCUCCCCACCCAGAUGACUGCCUCACGCCUCUACAAAAACUGGAAAAGUAUAUGGACAGUGAAAAUAUAUUUAGCAGACAAAUGGUUGCCAGGAGUAUCCUGGACACACUGCGUGCCAUGGGAGACAGUGUCGAGAACAGCAAUUCUGUGCUUCAAUGUAUGGUCAAAAUGUCCGAGGAUCCAGAGCCAACUGUCCGGGUAGAGCUCAUGGAACAGGUCCCUCAUAUUGCCAUGUAUUGCCACGACAACAAGCAGCUGUUCCAAGAAUCGGCCAUCCCCUCAUACAUUCUACCCCUCAUUACAAAAUACCUCACAGACGCUAACACUCAGGUACGGAAAACAAGCCAAGCUGCUUUACUGGUGCUUCUGGAACAAGAAAUACUAAAAACUUGUGAUGUCGAAGAGCAGGUAUGUCCAGUCAUCUUACGACUCUCCGAGCAGGAUAGCAUGGACGACUACAGAACAGAGGCCGUUGCUCUAAUGAGUAAGAUGGCGCCACUUGUAGGCUGUGAUGUCACAACACGCUUGUUCCUUCCACGGUUUAGUCACAUGUGCGGAGAUGCUUUGUUCCAUGUUCGGAAGGUAUGUGCUGCCAACUUUGGAGACAUGUGCACUGUUGUUGGCUCAGAGUCCACACAAGAUAUAUUGCUUGAUAAGUUUUUCCUCCUGUGUGAGGAUGGAGUAUGGGGUGUAAGAAAGGCCUGUGCUGAGUGCUUCACUGCUGUCUCUCUGGCUUGCAACCAAGGGAUACGUCAUAAAGACCUGGCACAUAUAUUCAUUAGUCUUAUAUCUGACCAGUCAAGAUGGGUACGAAUGGCUGGAUUCCAAGCUCUUGGUGGGUUUAUUUCAACAUUUGCUGAUCCCAAUAGUACUGGACUCUUUUUUAACGAAGAAGGAAACUUAUGCGUCGGCGAUCAAAAUGUCCACAGUGAGGAACUAGAAGAAAAAGCAUUAUCUUUACUAGAAAAAGACCGUCAACAUUCCAACAAUAUAAAGGAAGUACCACCAGAGACAUCUGGUGAUGAUGAUACUAACCAAUCCAAUGUAGACAACAAUACCACAAACACCAAUCAAAACACUGAUACUGUUACCACGACGAUGACACAACAAGAUUCUGAUCAAAGCUCAAUCAACAAUAAUACAGAAAGCAUGCAAAUUGACUGUGAUGACAUAAAAAAUGAUGAUGAUGAGGAAAGGACUAGCAAUAAUAACUCUGAAACUCUCUCUUUUGAAGAAAAAAGAGCGGAUGUCUAUAAAAGUAAAACUUCUGAAAACUUAGAAAUCAAAAAUAUAGAUGAUUUCCAUAUAGAACAAUCUAAUGAUGUUGAUAAUGGUAAUGCACCAAGCAAUACAGAUCCUAGUACUGACAAAGAUACUGCUGAUAUGGUCAAAAAUACCAACAACACAAACACUGCAUACAAUGAGUUCUUUUACUGGAGGGCUCCAUUACCCGAGGUUGACCUUGACCUUGAAAUAGGUCAAGGUGAUCGAGGUCAAGCGAUCAAAUCUUCAAAUGAGUCUUCAACAUUACAAACUGAAAAUGAUAUUGCAGGAAUUUGUAAAUCUUUAGCCGAAACAAAAUUAGAUGAUUCAGAAACUAGUACAAAAGACACUUCUAAUGAUCAGAAAGAAUCAGAAAUCAAAUCCAAUGAAACUGAACCCUCACCUGAAUCUAAGUGUAAUUCAGAAAGCUCCCAGUCAGAGUCAGUUGAAAGUUCCGAAACUGCGGAAAAUUCCGAGUCAGUGGAAAAUUCCCCUGAUAUAGAGUGUGGUAUAGAAAAGCCUAUUGAAAUGGAUCUAGAUGAUGAAGACUUAGAUACACCUAUGCAUACAGCAAGUGUACACACCGUGUCUGAACAACCAGAGAUGGUCACAAAUAUAGGUAGCACUCAUGUAUUAGGACACCAACUUAAUGAGACCACACUGGACAUUGUCACUGGGGUGGUCCAAGAUAUGGAAGGGUCUGUCUCAAAUGUGAAGAGUGCCUUGGAGGGACUAAGUGAACUGCAGGACAGUGAAGAAAGUCCCCAAGAUGACAAGGAGGUCUCUAGAGACCAAGAUGUUAUACCCCAGCCUCUCUUAGAUCACUACUUGAGUAUGACAGACCCCACUCGCGCCCAGACAGUGGACACUGAGAUCGCCAAGCAUUGCGCUUAUAGUUUCCCCGCUGUGGCAUACACCUUGGGUCGAAGGAAUUGGAAGUGUUUGAAAGAAUGUUAUGAUAUCUUAGCUGGAGACAUGCAGUGGAAAGUUCGUAGAACACUUGCAUUUUCCAUGCACGAACUGGCAGUAAUUGUGGGCCCUGGAAUCACAGAGCGAGACUUGGUGCCGAUAUUCAACAGUUUCAUGAAAGACUUGGAUGAAGUCAGGACUGGCAUUCUGAAACACCUUGCAGACUUCAUAAGGUUGCUCUCUCCAGAGUUAAGGCUUCUGUACCUUGAACAAAUUUCCAGUUUUCUCACAACAGACAACCAUCGCAACUGGCGCUUCAGGCUAGACCUUGCCGAGCAACUGGUACUUCUCUGUGAGUUGUUCUCCUCUGAACAGAUCAGUGAGCAUCUAGUUCCAGUGGCUAUGUGUCUGGCUGAUGACAGGGUCUCUGAGGUCCGCAAUAUGGCAUUCAAAGUGUUGAGUAUGAUGAUGAAACGCCUUAACAUGAGUGGAGAAUCUAACACUGACCUCAACCUCGCCAAGCAGUUCACAGAUGACAUCAUCAAGAAAUUUGCUAACCAAAAUAAAUGGAAUAAACGACAAAUCUAUGCACAAUUAUGCCGCAGCAUGUUGACAGCCCAUGCAGUUACACCCCAGCAGUUUGCCAAAGAUCUCCAGCCAGCUUUACUAAAUCUUGGUUUGGAUCCUACCCCUAAUGUUCGACUCUCUGUCGCUAAGACCCUCUCACAGGGUCUUCUUCCCAUGGAUUACUUCACUAGUCCACAGAGCCCUCUUCACUCCCAGUUGCUAGAGACUGUACAGAAGCUCCAGGGAGACCCAGACCGUGACGUGCGAUACUUUGUGGCCCUUCCCCCACAAACGGAUCUCGGGGAGGCGGUAAGUGGAGGUAGCAUAGAUAUAGAAAGUGAGUCUGAGAUGACAUAUUGAAGCCCCCCCCCACAUAUUCCAACAAAAACCUUUGUUUCAACUUGGACAUUAUCCCAUCAUCUGCCCCAGAUACCACCAAUAACAUCUUCAGAAUAAUACAUUUCGAUCUAUAGAAUUUAUGUGGACUUAUACUGUUCAAAUGAAAGAUGCACAUCAACCAAGAUGUCUUAUGGGAUUGAUCAACCCAGAGUGACUGCAGAGGAGGUGUAUCAGUCAUCCCAGGUUGCACAGUAGAGGAGGUGUAUCAUCAAUAUGGCACAUGUUUAUCACAUACUUAAGUGUAGAAAUUCAGGAAUCUGGGAAUAUACCUUGUUUCAAAAUAAUGGAUUCAAAACUACUUCUUAAGUGAAAUAAACAUCACUCUUUUCAAGUUCAUUUCUUUAUAUCACUCUAUAUAUGUAUAGACCUCAUAUAUGUAAUAUAUCUUACCCCAUAAUUUUAUGUGGAUGAAGAAUUUUGAAUGUGACUGAAUGAGUGAAUUAUUGAAGGAAGAACUUGAGGUGGGCCAAGCAGAUUAAAUACUAGUAAAUCUAGAUGAUUAACAAGAGAAUAACAACGUUCUAUGAGGCUUGUUUGCUUAAAAUCAUGAACACGAAUAUUCCGAACUCUUGGCAGUCUGGAGAUGAAAUACAGUAAAACCUGUUUUCUUAAAACGCCUGUAGAUCUGUGUCAGAUUAAAGUGGUGUUUAGAUAUACAGUCAUUACUGCAUCUCAGCAAUUUGAACUCUUGGUCCACCUUAAGAGUCUGGAAAACUUUAUAUCUAUUAUAUUAACUAGCUCUCACUAUGGCUGUGUUGUCCUGUAUAUUAUUAUUAUUUCAUAUUAUGUAGAGUAUAUCAAUGAUGUUUCACCCUUACAGAUAUUUUGAUUAUGGUGCUUGUUAUUAAAGGAAGUUAUUUUCCCUAUGCAUCAAUUCCCCCAUCCUCCGAUCACAGGGC